AAAACAUCAAUACUCGCAGCUCCUGAUCCUUCUCGACCCUCUAUAGCUACACGAAAAAUAGGAGAAAACAAAUUAUUAAAAGUUGGUUUAGGAAAAUCAAGGAUGAACCCAUAUGGAAAUAAAUGUUUAGAUUGUAAAAAAUGUGCCUAUAAAAAAGGUUUAUGUGCGAUUUGUGGUAGUAUGGUUUUAGAUACACGACGUGAGUCUUUCUCUUUCUCUUUCUCUUUCUCUCAUCUCUACCCCACUUAG